AGUGUUUUCACUGCUGCUUCCGACGAUCAACGAUGCGCACGGUCUGAUAUAAAUUGCGAAGCGUCAGCGAGCUUGGCAAAUUUUCAAGUACAGGAGGUUACAGGGACGUCGUGAGGAAUAAGACUGGAUAGCGAGGCAAGCGCGCUAAAACAUUUUGAAGACUCAUUUUGGACUUUCUGUGAAAGCGCAGCCACUGAGUUAAUCAAGUGAAACAGACCUGUGAGGGUUAUCAUCAUCACACUGACCGAGAUUAUACUAAUAAUGAAGCAUAUUUGGAUACUCCUGGUUUGUUCCGCGCUGGUCUAUUUUACGGGAGGAAAGGUCAGAGCACAGUCUCCUUCCACUGUGGAUGACCUGUACCUGGAAGACCAGGCGUCUGGCGAUUUCCCUGUAGACGACGAUGACUUCAACUCUGGCUCGGGAUCGGGAUACAGUGACGAUGAGGACGAGGCGAUGACCAGGAGGAUUGUGUAUGGCACUCCAGAGCCUGAAGCGUCCCCAGACGCCACCUCCCCCAGCACAGACACCGCCACCAGCCAGGAGACUUUUACAGAGACCACAGAGGACGACACCACAGAGGAAACAGGCCUUGGAACGGAGGCACCGCUGGAGGCGACGGAGGACUCGCCUCUGGAGGCUGAGCCGAGCGGAAGCCCCGUUGACCGCAGUGUGGAGCGAAACGAGGAUUUGCAUGAUGUCCGCUCAGAAAACCUCUUUCAGAGAACUGAAGUGCUGGCAGCGGUUAUUGCAGGAGGAGUUAUCGGCUUCCUAUUUGCCCUCUUCCUCAUUCUGCUCCUGGUCUACCGCAUGAGGAAGAAAGAUGAGGGAAGCUAUGACCUUGGGGAGCGCAAGCCCCCCAUCUCAGCCUACCAGAAGGCCCCUACCAAGGAGUUUUACGCUUAAAGACUUUGGCCUCAGUCCAUGAAAACAUCACCACAACAAAAUGUCUCUAGACUGAGAAACCAUUACAUGAUGCCUUGGCAUAAGGAAUUUAUUAACACAGAUUUCUUUCAAGCCAAAUAGGGCAUAAUUUAUCAAAAAACUUCAUUUUUUUUAAAACAAUGUUUGUAUUUUUUGCCAUUGUUGGAGGAGUAAGUUUAAAUGUGACAGUGACAUUUCAUAUGAGUCAUGUUUAGUUGUGGACUACUUUUAAAAUGUAGAGCUACAUAUUUGUGUUUAUAAGAACAAAAAUGGAAUUUAUGGAAUAUAAUGUGUUGUACUAUCAUUUCUAAUUCAUAUCUGUCAUUGAUAUUGAAUGUUUUAUUAACAUUUUGAAGACAAAAUUGUCAAUACUGUUCAAAGAAUCUAUUACUUGUCUAUAGAAACAGGAAAUGGCAGGAUAUGCUUUUCUCCUUUAAGGGUACAACAAGUUUUGUGUGAUUUUUUUCAGGCCACUAAAGGCUUGUCCAAUUUUCCUUUGCUAUAUGCAGGCUUAUUUACUUUCACACAUGCAUCAUGUGUGCAUCAUGUAAAAAGUCAUCAUUAAGAUGUUUGUACGUGCUGCCUUGCGGUCCUGUACACUUAGCCAAUCAACUCCUCCGAAGUGUUCUUCAUGGAUGGAUGAAGUGCACAUCAAGCACAGGGUGCUUUUUGCUGAUCACAAAAAAAUGAGGCACAGCGAAGCGUCUAGAUGUGCCUGCCAAAGUGCUCAGAGAUUGAAGGGUAAACCAAGUGUGGGUAGCGGGGUCCGGCUUUUUGCUGAGAAAUUGCAGAUGAAUUGAAACACAGCUGGUCUUAAAUAUACUUGAAAAUGACCAGGAACAUUCCCUUCUCCCAGUAUCCCACAUCUGCUUCCAUACCUUCAACUAGGUGUUUUCAGUUUGUUCUGCAGCUUUUAACGGUUUGCUUCAUUCUUUCAUUUGAGUUGUUGAGUGUCAUUGCUUUGUGGGGUGAACAUUUUAAAGACUGCCCUUUAAUAAAAAACAAAUGUUUUUUUUAAUUAAAAGUAAAUGUUUCUGUGUAGCACUCAAGGUCUCUGAAUAGGCUGACCAAAGACUGUGUCUUAAUUAUCAAGGCCAAUAUUGCCUCAUGAGAAGUGAAGGACAAUUUGGUAUUAAUUGUACAUGUCCAAGGAGAUCACGCCUCAUGAUGCUGGAGAAGAGUCUAUACUAAUGACUGUAUCACUUUGUCACUUGUGGUCUGCAUGUAAUAGAUUGAAAUGAUUAACUGUAAUACCACAAAUCUGUUGGAGGUUAAACCCCUCUAUGAGAUGUCUCCUAGUCAGUAUUAGCACACUGAGGUACAUGCUUGCCCCUUUUCAUUUCUGUAUUGGUACAAAUUUCAUAAUAGCAGUCUCGGUGUUGAGAUUGGCUGUUUGGUUUAAGAUUUUUUUUUCUUAAUCUAUCAUAUUUUUUGACCUGACCAGUUUAGUCUGUAUAUUUUAAUACACAAUAAUUUAUAGAUGAGAUUAAUUUAUAUACAACAUAAUCUGUGUUAUAAUGAUAAAAAUGUAUGUUCUCAGUCCUUAAAGUGCCUACAGUUCUGAAAUAAACAUGGGAGAUGUGUACAAA